CAGCACUGGAUACCAAAUGGUUCCUAUUUCAUAAUUUGUAUAAAUGAGAAACACCAAAAUUUAAUAGAAUUCUUUUUCUUAACUCUGCAACGAAGAAAUUAAUUGGAUUUCAAUUUACAAAUGGAUCAAUCUAAUUUAAAUGAAGUUCGUGAAGAAACUGAAUGGGAACAAUGUUCACGUAAUCGAGAUGUUGCAAGAUUUGUAAAAACAAGAAAUUUAGUUGAAAGAAGUCGACUUCAAUCUUUACGAUCUCAAUUAGACAAACAAUUAGAAUGGGAAUUAAAACGUCUUUCCAUAGAACGACGUGAAUUUGCUGAUGUUUUAGAAAAUUUACGUAAACGUCAUGAAAAAGUUGAUCGAAGAAAUGUUCGAACAUUAAAAAAUAAUCUUAAUCAAAAUUUUUAUAUUUGUGAAAGAAAUAGAAAACAUGACAGAUAUCUGAACUCUGUGAAUAUAAAUGAUAUUUUACCUAAAGGAUUAUUUAAUUAUACUACUACAAAUAGUACAAGUAGUACAAGUUCAUCUGUUUUGUCUAUUCCAAAAGUAAUAUCUUCACCGGAUUUAACUAGACUUCUUAAAAAUCGGAAUGAUAAUAAUCAUAAUAAUAAUAAUAACAAUCAACAUUCAAAUCCUAUACCGAAAAUACAUACAGAGAUUUCAAAUUCAACUGAAAAAGUUUCACAACCAAAUAUCUAUCACUUGAUGUAUACAGAUUCCGGUGAAUGGAUACAUUUAAACAAGCCUAAUUUGAAUAUAUCAGCACCAUCCAGUGCUUCGAAAUCAUCCGCUUCAUCAAAAAGUAUGAAAUGUACAAAAUCUUGGUCCGAAAAUGAUUAGAUGUUGACAUAGAUCAAUGUUCAAUGUGUGCACAUGUCCAAACAUCGAGAACUGCAUAAAUUCGUAUUUAAAUACACUUUUUUUUCGCACAUUUUUAUUUAUAAUCUUUUGAAGAGCAGCUCUGUUUAAUCUUAUUUCCAUUAAAAUUUAAAUAAGUAGAUAAUUCUGUGAAUAUCAGAUUUUAUGCUUUAAAACAAAAUCAUCAUAUGUUUUCUUAAGGAUUUUAAGAAAUGCAAAUUAAGAGUUAAUACUGAUUAAUUGUGUUCUCUCUUGAUUCAAUCGUACAAAUAAAUUAUGAUCGACUUACCUAUCUUGCAAAAUAAUUGUAACCAUGUGUAUUUUUAAACUUUUCAAUGAUAGAUAUAUUUAUGUUGCAUUUAACUUUUAAAGGAUGGAUAAACAGAUUGAAAAAUUUUCAAAUGUUACAUAUUCCUCAGUAAGCUGUAUGUACAGAUUAUGAUCGAUAUAGAAGUACACAGAGAUCCAGGUAAAAAUUUUUUUUGUAAUUCACUGUUUGAAUUAUGUUUUUAUCAUAAUAACAAUAAUUAUCAGAAAUGUGCAGUUUUAUACAAUCCCUAAGUAAUUACUGUACAAUGAAAG